AUGACCAGAAGUGAAGAAGGUUUCAAGAAACAAGAGCGUAUUGUGAACUCCAUAGACACCGCAAACAACCAGUCCAUCAAAUUAGUCGCGAAAGGACUCGUCGAACUGGAUAUCGAAGAAGGAAGUAUCAAAGUUCAGGACGUGUUACUGGACUUGGUAACUAAUUUAUUAUCAAUUAGCAAAAUUUGCAAGCAAGGGAUGAAAAUAGUUUUCACGUCGACAAAAUGCGAAGUUGUAGAUAAUGAAGAUGGUAUCAUUGCAUCAGGAACAGAGGAAGACGGUUUGUGUAGAUUGAACCUCAAGAAGGCCGAGCAUUCUUUCCUGACAGUGGAUUCAAACAUCUGGCACAAGCGAUUAGGACAUUUAAAUCAGCAAAGCAUGAUGAAACUGUUAUCAAUGGCUGAGGGCAUAAGGUUGAAGAAGCAAGCUAUUCCUGAUUGCGCUACUUGA